CCAUCUCUAAUCAUUUGGUGGACUCAAACCAAGGAAAUCUGACUUUUCAUAUGGCUGUGCAACUUGCGACAGCUAUGGAAAAAGUUACGAUUGACAAUAGCGCAAGCGAUACUUCGGGUUACAGACGUACCUCCGAGUUGGUUUUCCGUGGGGGAAUAAAAGCAACUAAUUCAGUGUACGGUUCCUCGACUGCUGUAGUCUACAAUGACCAUCGGCCCAACACAGAUCUUCCAAAAGUCAGGCUACCGGAGUUUUUCACUCGUCGCCAUAAUAUUCACAGGAGAGUCGACAUGAUGCAGAUGCCGGAUUCGAAUCAAGUAUUUGUGGAUGUUGAGAAUGUUGUAGUUGUCAACAAUUUGAAACCUUAAAAACGUCGGAUUUCACCAAAGCUGACUAAUUUAAAAAUUACGCCAGCUACCUGGCAGAUAUGACAAUUUUUUUAUUUUGUUAGUCUCAUUUUGG